AUGGCUGGUGUUGCUGCAAUUGAAGCUAUCGGAGUCAUCUCCGGAAUCCUUGGAAUCGUCCAAUUCGGCAUCGACAACUUUGGAGGAGAUGAGGAAAACUCUGGCUCCGUCGUCAAAGUGGCAGUUGCCCUAGAGGGAGCCGAUGGAGCUCCGCCAACCAACACUGGUGGUGAUCUCCCCGACGUUCGUGUCUGGAACGACAACGGCGUGUUCGUCGGUAUGACCGCUGAUCCCGGCACCGUCGAUGCCGGCAAUCUGGGAUCGGUAACCAUCUCGCAUGACAACCAGAACACAUACUCACUCUUCUCCGCCAACGAUGAUGCCAUCUGCGUUGCCUGGGCCACCGUGCAAAUGAGCGACGAUCGUGGUGGCACCUCGUACGCCGUGAGCGGAGACUUUGGACGCGUCUGUGGUGGAACCUGGUACGCGUCCGGCAUGUAUCCCCAGAGCGACUCCGAGUAUCAGCCCGACUGCUUCUGGAUCGAUGCCAACGGUGACCAACCAAACACUGGAUUCCAGGUGCGCUGGCCCAGCUAUGCCAACGUCUCGUUUGACGAGAGCAACACGGAUCCUGAGCAGUUCUGCGACGACAUCAAGUUUGGCUUGCGCACCGAGUCGGACCCCAACAGUAUCAACUACUUCACUCGCAAGACCAAGAGACAGACCCCGACUCGUGCCGGCUGGAUGGCCAGCCAGCUCGUCGUGAGCGACUCCCAGACUCACUCGGCCCAGAAGCUCUGCGACUCGGACAGCUCCUUGGGACCCGACUUUGCCCACACCGGCGAGCAGAAGUUUUGCGACAUGGACUCCAAGACGCUCUACGACUUCUGCUCUGCUGGUAACAACGCCACUGGCUGCUUUGACUUGGCCUCCAAGCAGCUCUCGACCCCGAUGACUCGUCGUGGCAGCGUCUUGCCUCGCCAGAGCUCCCCCUACUCGACCAUCAAGGACUGGAGAAAGAACCAGGAUGUCAAGAUCUAA